AUGGCCAAGACCAUUCUCGUCACAGGCGCAUCGGGCUACAUUGAUAUUGGAGUUGCCGAUGCUUUCGACGAGGCAGUUAAAGGAGUUGAUGGAAUCAUUCACACCGCCUCACCUUUUGUUUUGAAUGCCUCGGAUUUUGAGAACGACCUGUUCCGUCCUGCUAUUAACGGAGUAGUUUCGGUUCUUCGAGGUGCUCAAAAGAACAAUCCUGGCGUCAAGCGCAUUGUCAUCACCUCUUCAUUUGCUGCUCACCUGGAUCCUGACAAGGGUAUUCGCCCGGGAUACACGUACAGCGAAAGUGACUGGAAUCCCGUCACCAGGGAGGCUGCAGAUCGCGGCGACGGGGUUGUCGCUUACCUUGCAUCCAAGACUUUAGCCGAACAAGCUGCAUGGGACUAUGUUAGAAGCCAGAAGCUGCAAUUCUCCAUCGUUACUCUCUCUCCCCCCAUGGUCUACGGUCCCUUGAUCCAUAACGUCGAAAAAAUGAGUGAUCUGAACACUUCUGCCGCUGAUAUAUAUCGCUUGAUCGACGGGUCACAGCAGGAAGUCCCUCAAACAGGGUUUUGGGCCUUUGCGGAUGUUCGUGACGGUAAAGGAACACUGUCUCCCUUCGCUAAAGCUCAUGUUCUCGCAUUCGAAAAGCCGCAAGCUGCAGGACAACGAUAUCUUAUCUCCUCCUCAGCAUACAGCUACCAACAGAUCUGCGAUAUCAUAAGGGAGAAGUUUCCCAACCUCCGUGGCUUGACUCCGAAGGGAAGUCCCGGUGAACCGCUCCCAUCUGUAUACAAGUUGGAUACCUCCAAGGCUGUCGAACAAUUGGGCAUGACUUUCAGACCUCUCGAAAAGACAGUCACCGACAUGGCCAAUAGUCUCCUGGAGUUACAGAAGAAGCUAAACGGAAAUCAGGGCGGGGCUGUCAAUGGUACAGUUUAG